AAUAUUAAUGCAUAAAAAUACGUUUUUGUAUACAAGUUUGCUAUUGCACAUAAGAGAAAACACAUAAACAGACUAAAUUUCAUUAAUGUAUGUACAUUUUUUGGACAUUGUAUUCUUGAGGUGCAUGUUUAAUUUAAUUUAUGUGUGCAUUUUUGCUCUUCAAAGUCUAGAAUUCAAGCUCCCAGUUAUUUUUGAUUUCAUUUUAUUUUUUAGUUUUUGCAAUAUAAUAAGUCAUUUUACUUCCUUGGCACAAACAAACAGCACUGACAUUCUGUGCGUCUCUUUUGGGAGCAAACCCGCGUGCGCGCUCUGAGGAUGCACAAAGAAAAUCCAUCCCAGCAGAUCAUUAGACAAGUAAGGAGUGAGAAAAAUUUCCGUUUCCUUUUUUUAGAGGUGAGACGUAAUCUUUGGUUUCUUAUAUCAGAUAAAUCUAACAAUUCGCUUCGUUGAAUUGACAUAUUUUUGUUUGAAUGUUUGACACAAUCAAGAACCUAAGAAUUAUCCAAAUAAACUGAGAAAGAUGCUCAAAUCUAUCAUUUGGACUCAACAGUUAUUCCAAGACGUGCGUAUUUUUUGCGGCGCGCGCAGCUCUGAAGUCAUCCUCCGUCUCACACAGCAGCAACCAAGGACAGAGGAGCAUCAGCAGAGAGAGGAGAAGGAGGAGAGAGCAAGGUGCCUCCUCUCGCCAUUGCAAUAAUAGUCUCCCUGUUGAGUCGAUGCCGGCGCGGACGUCGCUCUGAAGGGGAAACGGCAGAUUUGACGCACGGACAAACCUAUGCUCGGAUUUCAGCUCUCUUUGCCUUCGCUAAUGCAAAAGGAAAUAUGCAGCGAAGCGUCACCAUCCUCUAUACCAGUUUACUGGGGAUGUGCUUGGGUUCGAGCGCAAGUUUCCCAAGUAACAUCAAUAUAGGAGGAUUGUUCCCCACCGACUCGCACGAGUAUGAGGUGUUCCGGUUCGCGCUCUCGCACCACCAGGACAUCCCCAAACUGGUGCCGCAGGUGGAUAUGGUCAAAAUGGGGAACAGCUUCUCCAUGACAUAUGCCUUUUGCUCCCAGUUCUCCAAAGGGGUGUACGCCAUCAUCGGGCUCUACGACCGGAAGACCGUCAACAUGCUCAUGUCCUUCUGUGGAGCGCUGCACGUCUGCUUCGUCACCCCAUCCUUCCCCAUCGAGACAGCCAAUCAGUUCGUCAUCCAGUUAAGGCCUGAGCUCCAGGACGCUCUGGUGGGAGUGAUCGAUCACUACGGAUGGACCAAGUUUGUCUACAUGUACAGUUCGGAUUCAGGCUUGUCAGUGCUGCAAAAGGUUCUGGACACGGCAGCUGAGAGGAACUGGCAGGUGACUUCGGUCAACGUGGAAACCAUGACGGAAGCUUCCUUCUUGAAAGUGUUCCAGGAUUUGGACAAGCGGAAGGAGGGACAGAUUAUUAUAGACUGUGAGACGGAAAGGCUCACAGGCAUCCUCAAAAAGAUUGUUGAGCAAGGAAAGAAUGCUAAAAGCUAUCACUACAUCCUGGCCAACCUGGGUUUCCUGGACAUUGACCUGACAGAUCUGAGAAAAGGUGGCGCCAACAUCACUGGUUUCCAACUUGUCAACAAUUCUGAGCCGACCGUCAGCCGCAUUGCCCAGCAGUGGAUGGAAUUCGAUAACAAAGACACCAAAAUGCCUAAAACUGGACUCAAAUACACUGGCGCACUAACAUACGACGGGGUGAAAGUCAUGUCCAUGGCCUUUCAGAAUUUAAGGAGACAGAGAAUAGACAUCUCUCGAAGGGGCAACGCUGGAGAGUGUCUCGCCAACCCACCAGCCCCCUGGGGACAGGGCAUAGACAUCCAGAGAGCCUUGCAGCAGGUCCGUAUUGAUGGAUUGACCGGUCACAUUCAGUUUAAUGAGAAAGGUCGCAGAACCAACUAUACUGUUAGUGUCAUGGAACUGGCUCCCUCUGGACCCAAGAAGGUUGGUUACUGGAAUGAAGAUGAGAAGUAUGUGACCACAACCAGCUUCAUGAGAGGCAGCAAUGACACUUAUGGACUGCUGAACAGAACCUAUAUAGUCACCACCAUCUUGGAGUCUCCGUAUGUGAUGCUGAAGAAGAAUCACGAACAGCUUGUGGGGAACGAUAAGUACGAGGGCUACAUUGUUGAGCUGGCUGCAGAGAUAGCCAAGCAUGUGGGCUACCAGUACAAACUGAAAAUCGUCUCGGAUGGCAAAUAUGGAGCCAGAGAUCCGGAAAAUACUAAGAUGUGGAACGGCAUGGUUGGGGAACUUGUGUACGGGAAAGCAGAUUUGGCAGUGGCUCCGCUCACUAUCACCCUCGUCCGUGAAGAAGUCAUAGACUUCUCCAAGCCCUUUAUGUCUCUGGGUAUUUCCAUCAUGAUCAAGAAACCCACCAAAUCCAAACCUGGCGUGUUUUCCUUCCUGGACCCGCUGGCUUAUGAGAUCUGGAUGUGCAUAGUGUUCGCCUACAUCGGUGUCAGCGUGGUCCUUUUCCUGGUCAGUCGGUUCAGCCCGUACGAGUGGCACGCGGAGGACUAUGAGGAGGGCGCCGAGCCACAAACACCGACACAAGCGGCGGCCUCCAACGGCGUGCAGCAGGGCCAGACACCAACUCAGCAGAACACCAACCAGCAGAAUCUGGAGCAGACCAACGAGUUUGGCAUCUUCAACUCCCUUUGGUUUUCACUGGGCGCCUUCAUGCAGCAGGGCUGCGACAUCUCCCCAAGGUCUCUUUCGGGUCGAAUCGUGGGUGGCGUCUGGUGGUUCUUCACCCUCAUCAUCAUCUCUUCUUAUACUGCCAACUUGGCUGCUUUCCUAACAGUGGAGAGGAUGGUGUCCCCUAUAGAGAGCGCAGAGGAUCUGGCGAAGCAGACUGAGAUUGCCUAUGGAACGCUCGAUGCUGGCUCCACCAAAGAGUUCUUCAGGAGGUCAAAGAUCGCCGUGUUUGAGAAGAUGUGGGCGUACAUGAAGUCAGCCGACCCGUCCGUGUUUGUCAAAACCACAGACGAGGGGGUGAUGAGAGUCAGGAAGUCUAAGGGCAAGUACGCCUACCUGCUGGAGUCCACUAUGAACGAGUACAUCGAGCAGAGGAAACCCUGUGACACGAUGAAGGUGGGCGGGAACUUGGACUCCAAAGGUUAUGGAAUUGCCACGCCGAAGGGCUCCCCCCUCAGAAACCCAGUAAACCUGGCAGUGUUAAAACUGAACGAGCAGGGCCUCUUGGACAAAUUGAAAAACAAGUGGUGGUACGACAAGGGAGAGUGCGGCAGCGGGGGCGGGGACUCCAAGGACAAGACGAGUGCUCUAAGCCUCAGCAACGUCGCGGGAGUCUUCUACAUCCUCAUUGGGGGCCUGGGCCUGGCCAUGCUGGUUGCUCUGGUGGAGUUCUGCUACAAGUCGCGGACCGAGUCGCGCCGAAUGAAGCAGUCCAUCAACGACGCCUUGCGCUGCUCCACUUUGACCCGGGUGAGUGGCAACGGAAGCGGAGGAGAGAACGGCCGAAUCCUCACCCACGACUUUCCCAAGACCGUUCAGACUCUGCCCUGUAUGAGCCACACCGCCAGCAUGGGACUGGGUGCCUCCGGCUGUGAUCACCACCUGACCGUGCUGGCGGCGAGGGUGUGGGAGGGGCAAGGUGGAGCAGAAAAGGAGCACAAGACUCUUGAUCUACUGGCUGUCAAUGUGCCCAACUAUAAAAAAAAAUAAUACAUAAUAAAAAAAGACUUGAACUUACUGCCACAAUGUACCCUCAAACCGCUCCUAACGAAGACAUUUUUUUAUAUAUGAGUGGAUGUCUGGAAAAGAGGUACGGAAAGCGGAGGGGAAAUGAUCUGCAAUAAAGAAGCCGUCUAUGGGGCGCAUUUUUGAUUUUUUUACAGUGUUCAUAAACGUGGAAAAUGACAAAAAAAUAAGACAUUUAUUCUUCAGUGAUGCCUGCGCUGUGCCAUUUUGAUGGAAAUGUUGGUGUUAGUCUGCGUGUGCAGUAUCUCCACCCUCACUGAUGACUUGGAACUGCCCAGAAGCCGCCAGUCAGCCAAAGAAAGGACUGACAAAGGAGGACUGAUGCUCAUCGGGCGAUUUUAUUUUCAUUUUUUUUUUUUUGUAACAUUCCAAUCUCUUUUAUUUUCUUUGUCACAUUUCCAUUCCGGAGAACAAAGUGCUGUGUGUAGCAUAGGGCGUUUUUACGACAUAGUGUUACGGUUUUGCACUGUUCCAACAGCAGAGUCUCAGAAGUGACUAAAGGUUAACGCUGAGCGACUCCACAGCUGACCUGGCUUGACAUGCGUUGCUGCUACGCUUCAUUUAACACAUCAUGCCUUGUCUUGGUGCCAUAUGACCAUUCCCACAAAUGCACACUGAUACACUGCACACUUGUUGCAACCGGACCGCUGUUCGGAAACAGAUUUGAAAGGGAAUAGAGACAUCACACUACCCAGUGGUUUUGUAUUGUACUGAGUGACCUUACACUGUAUUUCACUGUUGUGACAGAUAUACCAUGUCUAUUUAUAGUCAAUUUGCACCCUACUUUUAAGAAUCAAAAGAUUUUUGUGUAUUAAAAAGUGUAUCUUCCUCCUAUUA